AUGUUGGAGGGGCUAUUACCUCAGAUGCCCCCACCCUUGACCCUUCUGGGGGUGGUGCUGGUGCUGGUUUUGCUCUACCUCCUCUCCUCCACCCCUGGCCAUGGAAACGACCCACCGGGACCCAGACCUCUGCCUCUCCUUGGGAACCUGCUCCAUCUGGACCUCAAAUGGUUUCAUCUGUCUCUCAGUGAGCUCUCUAAGAAAUAUGGGUCUGUGUUCACUGUAUACUUGGGCCCAAAGAAAGUGGUCGUCCUGGCAGGGCACAAGACCAUCAAACAAGCGCUUGUCAACUAUGCUGAAGAGUUUGGAGACCGGGAAGUUGAACCCAUAUUCAGCGAAAUGGUUAAAGGGCAUGGUGUUCUGUUCUCCAACGGAAACUCCUGGAAGGAGAUGAGACGCUUCUCCCUCACCAACCUGCGAGACUUUGGAAUGGGCAAGAGGGGGAGCGAGGAGAUGAUCAUUGAGGAAUCACGCCACCUCAUGGAGGUGCUUGAGAAUUUUAAAGGUGAGCCUAUUGACACCACUCAGCCAGUGAAUUACUCCGUCUCCAACAUAAUCUGUGCCAUCAUGUAUGGCAGCCGCUUUGACUACGCUGACCCUGCCUUCCAAAAAAUGGUCGACAGGAACAAUGAACUUAUCCGCCUGUGUGGUUCAGCUGAGAUACUGCUGUACAACAUGUUCCCCUGGCUGCGCUGGUGUUGUAGCCGGUGGCUGGUUAAUCGGACCCAGGUUUUUAAGGACAACGAUGACAACAUUGAGGAGAUUCAGAGGCUGGUGCAAGGACUGAAGGAGACUCUCAACCCCCAGGACCUCAGGGGAUUUGUGGACUCCUUCCUAGUUCGGCAGCAGGAGGAGUCAGACCAGCCGGAUUCCCACUUCCACAACAACAAUCUGAACUAUACUGUGGGCAACCUAUUUGCAGCAGGGACAGACACCACUGGAACCACCCUGAGAUGGGGCAUGCUGCUGAUGGCCAAGUACCCCCACAUACAGGACCAGGUUCAGGAGGAGCUGAGUCGGGUCAUUGGGGACCGGGAACCCCGGAUGGAGUACCGGAAGAACCUGCCCUACACAGACGCCGUGAUCCACGAGAUUCAGAGAGUGGCUAACAUUGGACCCAUGAGCAUUCCCCACAACACCAGCUGUGAUGUCACCUUCCAGGGAUACUUCAUCAAGAAGGGAACUACGGUGAUCCCACUCCUGAUGUCAGCGCUGCAGGAUGAGGAAGAGUGGGAGACCCCCCACAGCUUCAACCCUGGCCACUUCCUGGAUGAGAAGGGCUGCUUCAUCAAGAAAGAUGCCUUCAUGCCCUUCUCUGCAGGGCGACGGGCCUGUCUGGGAGAGAGCCUGGCCAGGAUGGAGCUCUUCCUCUUCUUCACCUUCCUCCUGCAGAGGUUCCGCUUCACACCACCACCGGGGGUGUCUGAGGAUGAGCUGGACCUGACACCAUGUGUGGGGUUCACCCUCACCCCUUCCCCCCACCAGCUGUGUGCCGUGAGCCGGGCCUAAACCCCACUCCAGCUGUGUGCUGUGAGCCGGGCCUAAACCCUACUCCAGCUGUGUGCUGUGAGCCGGGCCUAAACCCUACUCCAGCUGUGUGCUGUGAGCCGGGCCUAAACCCCACUCCAGCUGUGUGCUGUGAGCUGGGCCUAAACCCUACUCCAGCUGUGUGCUGUGAGCCGGGCCUAAACCCCUCUCCAGCUGAUGGGUGUGAACCACAUCUUUUCUG